AUGACCAUGCCAGUGACUACGUUAGACACUACUACCUCCUCAAAUUUUCAAGUUUUGCAAAAUGAACUAAACGCAGCAGCAGUAGAAAUUGAAAAAUGGUGGUCACAGCCUCGCUGGAAAGGCACCAAGAGAAUCUAUACUGCUAAGGACAUUGCGGCAAGACGUGGUACUUUCCCACCGGUGGAAUAUCCCUCUUCCGUGAUGGCAAAAAAACUGUACAGAGUCCUGGAGCAACACCACAAGGACAGGACUGUUGCUAAGACAUUCGGAGCUUUGGAUCCGGUCCAUAUCAGUCAAAUGGCAAAGUAUCUGGACACCAUUUAUGUUUCUGGAUGGCAAUGCUCAUCGACGGCAUCCUCGUCUAAUGAGCCAGGUCCUGAUUUGGCCGAUUAUCCAAUGGAUACAGUACCAAAUAAGGUUGAUCAUCUCUUUAAGGCACAGUUAUUCCACGAUAGAAAGCAACUAGAAGCACGGGCAAAAGCGAGAAGCCAAGAGGAACUGGAUGCAAUGGGAGCACCGAUUGAUUAUUUGACGCCAAUUGUUGCUGACGGUGAUGCUGGUCACGGUGGUUUGACCGCUGUUUUCAAAUUGACCAAAAUGUUCAUUGAACGUGGUGCCGCAGGUAUUCAUAUGGAAGACCAAACUUCAACAAACAAAAAAUGUGGCCAUAUGGCUGGCAGAUGUGUAAUCCCUGUACAAGAACAUAUCAACAGAUUGAGUACGGUUCGCAUGUGCGCUGAUAUAAUGCAUUCGGACCUUGUUCUCGUUGCAAGAACAGAUUCUGAAGCGGCCACCCUGAUUAGUUCAACAAUUGAUACCAGAGACCAUUAUUUUAUCGUUGGCGCCACCAAUAGUGCCAUGGAAGACGAGUCCUUUGCGGAAACAAUGGACAAGGCGAUCCUAUCCGGUAAAUCUGCCGAGGAGUUAGCUCACAUUGAAAAGGAUUGGUGUGAAAGAGCCGAUUUGAAACUAUUCCAUGAGGCGUUUGCCGAUGAAGUCAACAGAUUACCAAAGAUCAGUGAAAAAGAAAAGCAAAAGAUUAUCGAUCUAUUCAGCUCUAAAAUUGGACCCUUGACUGAAACCUCACAUCGAGACGCCAAAAAACUAGCCAAAGAGUUGCUGGGCCAUGACAUCUACUUUAACUGGGAUCUACCAAGAGUACGCGAAGGUCUAUACCGUUACCAAGGUGGCACCCAAUGCUCCAUAAUGCGUGCUCGUGCCUUUGCCCCCUUCGCAGAUCUGGUUUGGAUGGAAAGCAACUACCCAGAUUAUCAACAAGCAGUUGAUUUUUCAAAAGGUGUCAAGGCCGAAUAUCCCGAUAAGAUGCUUGCCUAUAACUUAUCACCCUCCUUCAACUGGACAAAAGCAAUGUCUAUCGACGACCAAGAGACUUUCAUCGACCGUCUCGGAAACCUCGGGUACUCCUGGCAAUUUAUCACUUUGGCUGGCUUGCAUACCACUGCCCUAGCCAUAAGCAACUUCUCUCGUGAUUUUGCCCAAGAUGGCAUGAAAGCCUACGCGCAAAACGUCCAAAAACAAGAGAUGGAAAAUGAUGUCGACAUUCUAAAACAUCAGAAAUGGUCAGGUGCGGAAUACAUCGACAGUCUAUUAAAACUGGCACAAGGUGGAAUAAGUGCUACAGCUGCCAUGGGCAAAGGUGUCACAGAGGAUCAAUUCAGAGCACACUGA